AUGGAUUUAUUCAGGAAGGCAAUUUUGCAAGCGGGGCCGCCUCAAGAUUUUGCUCUUCAGACUGUGCAACAAGCUAUAAAACCUCAGAAGCUAGUGAAACUUGUUCAAGAUGAAAAUCAGUUGUUGGAAAAUAUUCUGCGGGCCUUGUUACAAGAGCUGGUGUCAGCUGCAGUGCAGUCAGGUGAGGGAAUCAUGCAAUACGGUCAAUCAAUUGCUGAUAAGGAAACUCGUCCUGGGCGAAUUCCUCGUCUUCUUGACAUUGUUUUGUACCUAUGUGAGAAAGACCAUAUUGAAGGCGGCAUGAUUUUUCAGCUUUUGGAAGAUUUGACAGAAAUGUCUACAAUGAGAAAUUGUAAAGAUAUUUUUGGUUACAUAGAGAGCAAGCAAGAUAUUCUUGGCAAGCCAGAGCUUUUCGCGAGAGGAAAACUUGUGAUGUUGAGGACAUGCAAUCAACUUCUUCGUCGUUUAUCAAAGGCCAAUGACGUCGUGUUCUGCGGACGAAUUAUAAUGUUCCUUGCUCACUUUUUUCCACUAUCAGAACGUUCUGCUGUCAAUAUCAAAGGAGUUUUCAAUACAUCAAAUCAGACAAAAUAUGAGAAAGAUACCCCAGAAUGUAGUACUAUUGAUUUCAACUUUUACAAAACCUUUUGGAGUUUACAGGAAUUCUUUUCUAAUCCUGCCUUGCUUGCUCCUGCUCCUGCUCCUGCUACUGCAAAGUGGACUAAAUUUACUUCCAGUUUGGCGGUUGUGUUGAAUACGUUUGAGGCUCAGCCUUUGAGUGAUGAAGAGGGCAGUGCUAUUAACCUUGAGGAUGAAGGGUCAAACUUUAGUAUAAAGUAUCUCACAAGCAGUAAUCUAAUGGGUCUGGAGUUGAAGGACCCUAGUUUUCGCCGACAUGUUCUGGUUCAAUGCCUUAUUUUGUUCAAUUAUUUGAAGGCCCCUGGGAAAAAUGACAAAGACCUGCCAUCUGACACAAUGGAUGAAAUAAUAUCAUAUGAAGAACGAGUCAAGAAUAUUCUUGAAAUGACACCUCCUGAAGGGAAAGAAUUUCUUCAUAGCAUUGAGCAUAUUUUGGAGCGUGAAAGGAACUGGGUUUGGUGGAAGCGCGAUGGUUGCCCUCCAUUUGAGAAACAACCAAUAGAAAAAAAGCUUGCUCAAGAAGGUGGCAAAAAGCGUCGACCUAGGUGGAGACUGGGAAGUAAGGAACUAUCUCAGCUGUGGAAAUGGGCAGACCAGAACCCAAAUGCGUUAACAGAUCCUCAACGUGUUCGUAAUCCUGCCAUCAUGGAUUACUGGAAACCAUUGGCUGAAGACAUGGAUGAAUCUGCUGGAAUAGAAGAGGAAUAUCAUCACAAAAAUAAUCGAGUGUACUGCUGGAAAGGUUUGAGGUUUUCAGCUCGACAAGAUUUGGAGGGAUUUUCUAGAUUCACUGAACAUGGGAUUGAAGGAGUGGUUCCGUUGGAACUUUUGCCAUCGGAUCUGCGGUCCAAAUAUCAAUCUAAACUGGCUGAUCGGUCCAAACGUGCCAAGAAGGAUGAGGCAAAAGGCUCCAUGCAGCAACAUGAAGAAUCACAGUCACAGAUUGCAAUAGGUGGGAGCGAGACAGACGUGGAUGGGAGUAGAGGAGAGGGUCCAAGUCCAACUGAUGAUGUGAUAAUUGCAUCAUCAUCGGCGUCUGGCAACACAUCUCAGCGGGAUGGGGACCAAAAGCACAGCUCAGACGAUGUCGGUCUAGAGAUGGGCCAAAUUGAAGGCGAUGAGCAGGGAAUAAUUGAUGGAGAAACAGACGAUUUAGAUGUCGUAGCCUGA